UCGGCGCUAGCAGCUCCUCAGUGUAAUUAGUUGAGACGCACCGGCUCCAUCACGUCCCGGUGCCGCUAGCCCGACCCGAGCCUCCUGAGCCCGCACAGCCCGCACGGACCCGCACAGCCCGCACCGCAGCAGCAGCGACACACGACUGAAGAUGAUUAAACUGUUUUCACUGAAGCAGCAGAAGAAAGACGAGGAAUCUGCGGGAGGAAACCGAACAGGAGCCGGGGGGAAGAAAGCCAGCGCGGCCCAGCUCCGGAUACAGAAAGACAUCAAUGAGUUGAAUCUGCCAAAGACGUGUGAGAUCAACUUCCCUGAUGACGAUGACCUGCUCAACUUCAGACUCAUCAUCUCGCCAGACGAGGGUUUUUACAAAGGAGGAAAGUUUGUCUUCAGCUUUAAGGUGGGACAGGGUUAUCCUCACGACCCCCCCAAGGUGAAGUGUGAGACGAUGGUGUAUCACCCCAACAUCGACCUGGAAGGAAACGUCUGCCUAAACAUCUUAAGAGAGGACUGGAAGCCGGUGUUGACAGUUAACUCCAUCAUCUACGGUCUCCAGUAUCUGUUUCUAGAGCCGAACCCGGAGGACCCGUUGAACAAGGAGGCGGCCGAGGUUCUGCAGACGAACCGGCGGCUCUUUGAGCAGAAUGUCCACCGCUCUCUGAGGGGGGGCUACGUGGGCGCCACCUACUUUGAGAGGUGUCUUAAAUAACUCGGCGUCCCUCCCACCCCCCCCCCUCCGUCCUGCUCGUUGGCAGAAGCUGCUGAGACAGGAAGACGCUCAUCAGAAGACGCUUUUCUGUUUUAAAACAAGACGACAGACACCCCCCC